AUGAGGCAACCUGCUUUCCGUGUCACCCGUCAAGCCUUCAACGGCCUCCAGAGCCGGGCUUACUCACGAUCGGCCGGUCCCCGUCAUCUGAUGUCCAUUGCGGAUCUCACUCCGGCUGAGUUCGCUACCCUCGUCCGCAACGCCGCUUCCAACAAGACCGCCGUCAAGUCCGGCAAUGUGCCCCCGGCUCUAGCUUCAGGCCUGAAGGGCGAGACUGUUGCCAUGAUGUUCAGCAAGCGCAGCACUCGUACCCGUGUAUCGACAGAAGCUGCCGUGGCUAUGAUGGGUGGCCACCCCAUGUUCCUUGGCAAGGAUGACAUUCAGCUUGGAGUCAACGAGUCUCUGUAUGACACCUCAAAAGUCAUUUCGUCCAUGACCUCCUGCAUGGUUGCCCGUGUUGGCCCUCACUCCGACGUCGCUGGACUGGCCAAGGAUUCCAGCGUCCCAGUCAUCAACGCCCUGUCCGAUGACUACCACCCUCUGCAGAUUAUCGCCGACUUUUUGACCAUCCACGAGUCCUUCCCCGCCUCCAAGAUUUCCGACAAGGCGGACCUUGGUGUAACGGGAUUGAAAGUUGCCUGGAUUGGUGAUUCCAACAAUGUUCUCUUCGAUCUCGCCAUCGGGUGUGUCAAGAUGGGAGUUGACAUCGCCGUCGCCUCUCCUACCGGCUAUGGCAUCCCCAACGCCAUGAAGGCUGUCGUUUCCUCCGCUGCCAACGGAGUUUCUUCUCCCGGCAAGCUGAGCGAGACUACCAUUCCUGAGGAGGCCAUCAAGAACGCCGACAUCCUUGUCACCGACACCUGGGUAUCUAUGGGUCAGGAGGCUGAGACACAGAAGCGCCUCAAGGCAUUUGCUGGCUACCAGAUCACCAACGACCUGGCCAAGCGUGGCGGUGCUAAGGAAGGCUGGAAGUUUAUGCACUGCCUGCCUCGUCAUCCUGAGGAGGUGCACGACGAAGUCUUCUACAGUGACAGGUCUCUCGUUUUCCCCGAGGCGGAGAACCGCUUGUGGGCUGCAGUUUCUGCGCUCGAGGGCUUCGUUGUCAACAAGGGCAAGAUCUAA